GCUUGACCUUUUACUUGUAUCCAGAAAUGCAAUGGACGUCCUGGCGCUGCGCUUAGAUCAUCUCAAAGCGCGAGGAACGUACGUCGCGACGAUCAAGACGUGGCUGCAAGAGACGCAGGUCAAUGGGCGACUCGUGAGUCGUGGUGACCUCCAUCUCUUCGUUGCGGAAGGCCCGACCGAAGCUAUCGAUGCGCUGUUGAUUCAAUUCGAGACAGAGCCUGUCGACACGAAUGCCAGGGGCGAGAGGUGCAUUGACAAGUUCUACGAUGUGGUGGGACGAGAGCCGAGGGAGUCGGCGUUGCUCAAGCCCGGAUUUACAGACAUGCACCUCCUGAACGACACAAUGCUGGAAAAACUGGUGCUCGAAGAAUGGGGGGUGCCCAAGGACUGGCUGACCACCGCGCGGAGCACAUCCCGCACCAAGCGGUUCCUGGCGUGGAAGGAACAAGCCAAGGUCGCGCGCAAGCAGGGCCGCCGGCGCACAGCGCAAGUGCGCGACGAGACCAAACAAAAGCAGAGAGAAGCCAAGCGGCAAAAGACAGAGAGCGCUGCGGAUGACAAGAAGGAAGAUAAAACAACAUAGACAGAAAAAAUGACGAUAUAUUGGAUAUAUUUUAAAUAAUCUAAUCGGGCUAGGAUAUUUAUCGAAUGGUGC